CCGGCCCGCGGGCGCCGGGUAAGCAAGAUGGCGGCCCCCAGGAGCUGUGGUCUAUGGCGCUACUGCUGCCGCGGGUGGUCGUGUUCCACGGGAGACUGCAGGCUCCCCCGGUUACAUCGGUCCUGGGCCCGAGCCACGCCCAGUGCGCGGCUCUUGUCCCAAGAGAAGCGAGCCGCGGAAACGCACUUCGGGUUUGAGACUGUGUCGGAGGAGGAGAAAGGGGGCAAAGUUUAUCAGGUGUUUGAGAGUGUAGCCAAGAAGUAUGACGUGAUGAAUGACAUGAUGAGUCUCGGCAUCCACCGUGCUUGGAAAGAUCUGCUGAUCAAGAAAAUGCACCCACUGCCUGGGACCCAACUGCUCGAUGUGGCUGGAGGCACAGGGGACAUCGCCUUCCGGUUCCUUACUUAUGUGCAGGCACAGCAUCAGAGAAAACGGAGGAGACAGUUACGGGCCCAGCAGAAUUUGUCCUGGGAAGAAAUUGCCAAAAAGUACCAGAAUGAAGAGGAUCCCUUGGGUGGUUCACUUGUCAUGGUCUGUGACAUCAACAGGGAGAUGCUAAAGGUUGGGAAGCAGAAAGCCUUGGACCAAGGACACACAGCUGGACUUGCCUGGGUACUGGGAGAUGCUGAAGAGCUGCCCUUUGAUGAUGACCAAUUUGAUGUUUACACCAUUGCUUUUGGGAUCCGGAAUGUCACACACAUUGACCGGGCACUCCAGGAAGCACAUCGGGUCCUAAAGCCAGGAGGACGGUUUCUCUGUCUGGAAUUUAGCCAAGUGAAUGAUCCCCUCAUAUCCAGGCUUUAUGAUCUGUACAGUUUCCAGGUCAUCCCUGUCAUUGGAGAGGUCAUCGCAGGAGACUGGAAGUCCUAUCAAUACCUUGUGGAAAGUAUUCGGAAGUUCCCUAAUCAGGAAGAGUUCAAGGAGAUGAUUGAAGAUGCAGGCUUUCAGAAGGUGACUUAUGAAAGCCUGACCACAGGGAUCGUGGCCAUUCAUUCUGGCUUCAAACUCUAGCUCCCUUCUGUUGUGCAGCAUGAGCCAGUCAUUCUGCUGAGGCCUGGAACUGGAAGAGAAUCUCCCUGACGAGACAGUAGCUGAGUGUCUACCUCCUGUUAGGGCUAUAACACCUUGGAUUCUGCAUUGACCAGUCUCAAAAAGGAAGACACAAACCCCUGUCAUCUUUUGCAGCUCUCAUUAGUAGCUGCACAGGCUGCCAAGGCCUUCUUUUCCCCCAAGUGUCUGGCCUGGUUUUGCUGAACUCCUGCUAACACUUGGCUGUGCAGUAUGGAGUCAGAUAAAACCAGCACUCACACAGUUCUGAAGCUUCCUGGUAGCGUCUCUAUCCAGAUAAUGGAUCUCUGGAAACCAAGGAUGGUUUGAACCAGCCCUUCAUUCAGACUAGAAUUGAAUCUAGGGCCAAAAGCCCAAGUCCAAGUCAGAACGCUGACAAUUAGGACCUUGGGCUGGUGAGGUGCUGAGAGGUAAGCACAUUAGAACCGGGGACUGAGGGUGCAGCUCAGUGGCAGAGCAUAUGCUUAGCCUAGUGAGGCCCUGGGUUUGUUUCUCAUCAGCAGAAGCAAACGAAAAAGUAGAACUGUGUGAAGCAGUAAAGCUUACAAUUUGGGUGGUACUUGCUACUCUUUCUUGGAGGAGGUACAAAUGCAGUACACAUCAGUGUCCUUCUAUCAGUCCUCAUCACCAAGACACCAUCCUCAGUGUCCAUCAUCAAGAAAGCCACUGCUAAGCCUUGGUAAACAGAGUUCUUCAGAAUACAUUUGUACAUGUUUAUAGCAAAGAAAAGAAAGGGACAGGGUUCAAGACUCAGUGGGUAAGAGCACUUACUCCCUGCUCUUGCCAACCCAAGUUUGGUUCCCAGCACCCACAUGGUGGUUCACAAUUAUCUGUAACUCAUGCUAGGGAACCCAGUGCCCUCUUUCGACCUCUGUGCACAUACAUACAUGCAAGCAGUGAUACACAUAAACAGUAAAAUAAAUGUAAAUGUAAGAAACAUG